CAAUGCUUUUGUACUUGUACUUGGUACACAGUAUUUUUACCCUGUAGUAUUUCUACUUUUGCUUUAGUAGAAUAUCUGAGUACUUCUUUCACCACUGCCACCAUGAGUGUGGAGCUGUGUGCUACAAAAGCCUGAAUUUAAAACAAAUAUUUUACAGCUGAAGACUGUUUUCAAAUGUAGGGCAAGUUGUAAGCGAGGCUCCGUUUGUGAAUGAGGAAACAGUUCAGAGUGUCUGCUCCUCCUGCUGGAAUGAGUCAGAGUUUGAUAAGCCCUCCCUCUUCUUCCUGCUCUCAGACACAGCCAGCUCCACUCUGUAUUUCCUGGCUCCUCCCCUUUAGAUCCACACUGAGGAGGAUGGGUGUAACCAACAUGUGGGUAAAGCACAAGAGUUGAUAGGCCACAUUCACUGCGCACACACACGCUGUUCAGAUCACAGCUCACAUAGUUUCAGGUUUCAGGAAGUGAAACUCAGACACUCGCUGCCACUGAGAGGGGAAAUGGCGCAGAAAGGAGUUCAGCUGGACCGGGAAACCUUCUCUUGUUCGAUCUGUCUGGAUCUACUGAAGGAUCCGGUGACGACUUCCUGUGGACACAGCUACUGCAUGAAGUGUAUUAAAGGCUUCUGGGAUGGAGAGGAUGAGAAGAAGAUCCACAGCUGCCCUCAGUGUAGGCAGAGCUUCACACCGAGGCCUGUACUGCUGAAAAACACCAUGUUAGCAGCUUUAGUGGAGGAGCUGAAGAAGACUGGACUCCAAGCAGCUCCUGCUGAUCACUGCUAUGCUGGAGCUGAAGAUGUGGCCUGUGAUGUCUGCACUGGGAGAAAACUGAGAGCCUGUAAGUCCUGCCUCGUGUGUCUGGCCUCUUAUUGUGACAAACACCUCCAGCCUCAUUAUGACGCAGCUACGUUUAAAAAACACAAGCUGGUGGAGCCCUCCAAGAAGCUCCAGGAGAACAUCUGCUCUCGUCACGACGAGGUCAUGAAGAUGUUCUGCCGCACUGAUCAGCAGUGUAUCUGUUAUCUCUGCCCUGUGGAUGAACACAAAGGCCACGACACAGUGUCAGCUGCAGCAGAAAGGACUGAGAGGCAGAGAGAGCUGGAGGGGAGUCGACUAAACAUCCAGCAGAGAAUCCAGGACAGAGAGAAGGAGGUGAAGCUGCUUCAGCAGGAGGUGGAGGCCUUCAAUGGCUCUGCUGAUAAAGCAGUGGAGGACAGUGAGAAGAUGUUCACUGAGCUGAUCCGUCUCAUGGAGAAAAGAAGCUCUGAUGUGAAGCAGCAGGUCAGAUCCCAGCAGAAGAGGGAAGUUAGUCGAGUCAGAGAGCUUCAGGAGAAGCUGGAGCAGGAGAUGGCUGAGCUGAAGAGGAGAGACGCUGAGCUGAAGCUGCUGUCUCACACAGAGGAUCACAACCAGUUUCUGCUCAGCUACCCCUCACUGUCAGCCCUCAGUGAACCUACACACUCAUCCAGCAUCAACAUCCGUCCUCUGAGCUACUUUGAGGACGUGACGGCGGCCCUGUCAGCAGUCAGAGACAAACUACAGGACGUCCUGAGAGAGGAAUGGACAAACGUCUCACCGACUGAAGUGGAUGUUUUACUGUCAGCAGCAGAGCCCACCACCAGAGCUGGGUUCUUACAAUAUUCACAGGAGAUCACACUGGAUCCAAACACAGCAUGCACACAGCUGUUAUUAUCUGAGGGGAGCAGAAAAGCAACAUACAUGGGACAACAUCAGUCUUAUUCUAGUCACCCAGACAGAUUCACUAAUUAUGUUCAGGUCCUGAGUAGAGAGAGUCUGACUGGACGUUGUUACUGGGAGGUGGAGUGGAGAGGGGGAGACGUUUCUGUAGCAGUCGCAUACAAGAAUAUCAGCAGAGCAGGGAGUGGAAGUGGAUUUGGACUCAAUGACAAAUCUUGGUCCUUAGAGUGUAAACAAAACAGUUAUUUAUUUCGUUACAACAAUAUCAUCACUCCCGUCUCAGGUCCUCUGUCCUCCAGAGUAGGAGUGUACCUGGAUCACAGAGCAGGUAUUCUGUCCUUCUACAGCAUCUCUGAAACCAUGACUCUCCUCCACAGAGUCCAGACCACAUUCACUCAGCCGCUACAUGCUGGAGUUGGGCUUUAUGCUGGAACCACAGCUGAGUUUUGUAAACUGAAAUACAAGUCCGGGAAACUGGAGCAACCUCCUCCAACUCCUCUCCUGAGCUUUCUCCUCUUCUUAAUUCAUGAUGCUCAGAUGGCGCAGAAAGGAGUUCAGCUGGACCGGGAAACCUUCUCUUGUUCGAUCUGUCUGGAUCUACUGAAGGAUCCGGUGACGACUACCUGUGGACACAGCUACUGCAUGAAGUGUAUUAAAGCCCACUGGGAUGGAGAGGAUGAGAAGAAGAUCCACAGCUGCCCUCAGUGUAGGCAGAGCUUCACACCGAGGCCUGUCCUGCUGAAAAACACCAUGUUAGCAGCUUUAGUGGAGGAGCUGAAGAAGACUGGACUCCAAGCUGCUCCUGCUGAUCACUGCUAUGCUGGAGCUGAAGAUGUGGCCUGUGAUGUCUGCACUGGGAGAAAACUUAGAGCCUGUAAGUCCUGCCUCGUGUGUCUGGCCUCUUAUUGUGACAAACACCUCCAGCCUCAUUAUGACGCAGCUACGUUUAAAAAACACAAGCUGGUGGAGCCCUCCAAGAAGCUCCAGGAGAACAUCUGCUCUCGUCAUGACGAGGUGAUGAAGAUGUUCUGCCGCACUGAUCAGCAGUGUAUCUGUUAUCUCUGCUCUGUGGACGAACACAAAGGCCACGACACAGUGUCUGCUGCAGCAGAGAGGACUGAGAGGCAGAGAGAGCUGGAGGGGAGUCGACUAAACAUCCAGCAGAGAAUCCAGGACAGAGAGAAGGAGGUGAAGCUGCUUCAGCAGGAGGUGGAGGCCGUCAAUGGCUCUGCUGAUAAAGCAGUGGAGGACAGUGAGAAGAUGUUCACUGAGCUGAUCCGUCUCAUGGAGAAAAGAAGCUCUGAUGUGAAGCAGCAGGUCAGAUCCCAGCAGAAGAGGGAAGUGAGUCGAGUCAAAGAGCUUCAGGAGAAGCUGGAGCAGGAGAUCUCUGAGCUGAAGAGGAGAGACGCUGAGCUGAAGCUGCUGUCUCACACAGAGGAUCACAACCAGUUUCUGCACAGCUACCCCUCACUGUCAGCCCUCAGUGAACCUACACACUCAUCCAGCAUCAACAUCCGUCCUCUGAGCUACUUUGAGGACGUGACGGCGGCCCUGUCAGCAGUCAGAGACAAACUACAGGACGUCCUGAGAGAGGAAUGGACAAACGUCUCACCGACUGAAGUGGAUGUUUUACUGUCAGCAGCAGAGCCCACCACCAGAGCUGGGUUCUUCAAAUAUUCACAGGAGAUCACUCUGGAUCCAAACACAGCACACACAUAUCUGUUAUUAUCUGAGGGGAGCAGAAAAGCAACAUUCAUGGAACAACAACAGUCUUAUUCUAGUCACCCAGACAGAUUCACUGGUUAUUCUCAGGUCCUGAGUAGAGAGAGUCUGACUGGACGCUGUUACUGGGAGGUGGAGUGGAGAGGGAGAGAAGUUCGUGUUGCAGUCGCAUACAAGAAUAUCAGCAGAGCAGGGUGGGGGGAUGAAUGUGGAUUUGGACUCAAUGACAAAUCUGGGUCCUUAGAGUGUAAACAAAACAGUUAUUCAUUUCGUUACAACAGUAUCAAAACUCCCGUCUCAGGUCCUCAGUCCUCCAGAGUAGGAGUGUACCUGGAUCACAGAGCAGGUAUUCUGUCCUUCUACAGCAUCUCUGAAACCAUGACUCUCCUCCACAGAGUCCAGACCACAUUCACUCAGCCGCUACAUGCUGGUGUUUGGCUUUAUGAUGGAGCCACAGCUGAGUUUUGUAAACUGAAAUAGCCUGAAGUCAUUUGAGGAACUCUUCUACUUCUUAAACUCAUUGUGUGUCCA